ACUCAAAUCUUACAGACUCAAUAUUCAGUACUAGCCCUUGCCAAUCGGCGAUUCAUCCGACAGUCAAGAACUUCAUAACACAUUGAACCCGGUCAGAUCUUGCGGUGCAUGCCAUGAUUUCAUCAAGGUCAUCAGAUAUGCCUCUUCCGACGAUGGAACGUGGAGAUAAGAGCAUGCUUGUACUCAUUAGGAUGACCCGCAUGCUUGCCCACAUCCCUGACCCUCUUCCAGUGCAUUUGAGCCGACACUAUGGUCACGUCCUCGGGUUUCUAUCUUCUUGCGUCUGUUAUUUCGACCACCAUGGCAGUACAAGUGCAACCAGUCUCCCGCCUUGUCAGCUCGCCUGCUACCUGCAAUGAUGGAUACUCAUGGAUGGACAACAGUCAGGGCAACUCGCCUUGUCUUACAGUCGCUUAUGUAGAGGGUGCGUGCACUGGGAACAACUAUGUCCAGCCAAUCCUGAUCAACGGCUAUUCGUACUCCUUACCAAAUUCUUCGACCGCAAAUGAAUGUUAUUGUUCUUGGGCAUCUUAUAAUCUUAUGAUGGCAUGCGCUCUAUGUCAAGAAACUACUAAUGUUUCUGUCUGGGAAUGGCCUCAAUGGGCAUCCGGAUGCGCCACGAACCCAUCAUGGACACAGGAAUAUUUCCCUUCUGGAUAUACGCUUGCGGGGGAUGCGUCCAUACCUUACUGGGCUAUUACUAAUCCGACAACAUGGACAUACGAGACGUUCAAUAUCCAAGAUGCGAACGCUACUUAUCAAAAUAAUCCUUUCGACACAACCCCGAGCGCCUCAUCAUCAUCCAUCAGUUCAAGCUCGAGCCAUUCGACCACAAGCUCAAAAUCAACUGACGUGGAUGCGAUAAUUGGCGGCACCCUCGGAGCCUUGGCUUCUCUCUCGCUUUUUGCGGUUGGCGCCUAUCUAGUGUAUAGACGUCACAUGUACAAGAAAGGACAAUACGCCUCUGUCAUGCACCGGCAGCCAUUCGUCAGCAGCGGCGAUGGCGCAGCAGCUCACAUGACACACAAUCGUUUUCCGCCCGAUUCAUCCAACUUUCCUGGGUCAUUCGGCUCUUUUGUGUUGUACGGGCAGUCCUUGUCUACUGGGCCGUCGCAAUAUGGGACAAUUUACUCUUCACCGCCCCAGACGACUUACCCUUCUAUGCAAGGCUCAUUCACACCUCCCCCACGGACGGACACAUCUCUCUACACCACACACAGCAGGCAUCACUCCAAUGCCAUGCCAAUGGUUUAAGCCAGGUGUUUCGGGCCUUGGACUGUCGGACGCACAAAAAUUACUGUGACGGGGACUUAUUAUGGACCAGUCCCGUUGUUCGCAAUCUUACUUAUUUUGCUAUGACGCACAAAAUAUAAGCAAAGCGGGGUUUCUUUGUUUCCGCGCGUCCUAUCAGUGUUUCGUACAUCCCAUCGUUCCCAUCAU